CCUUCUCACCCACCCUCUUCUGCCGUCUCCCGUCAAUUUUCCGAUCACCUCUUCCCUGCUUACCCAUUUCAUCACCAAGUUUCCUCCGUACUACACCUUCGUCGUACCUUUGCGACCUGGCUCUUCCGUCCAACUGAGGGCAGAAAAAGAAACAAAAAAAUCCAGAGCACACGGAGAAAGAGAUUGGCAUUAGACAUCUGUUCCUUUACUCUCUUACCCGGGUCUCCCCCUCGCCUGGUGUCCUUUUCGCUCUUCGCUCAUCCUGCGCCCAAAAAACGGCGUGGCUUGGAAAGCUGCAAAAGCCAUACCUACUGUAGCACCCCCAGGGGCCAUACCCGACUACAUCUUGAUCCUCGGUCGGGACUACCUUUCUUCUACUAGGGUCUCUCCAAGAAGACGGCCUACCCUCUGGCCAACGGGCGUUCCAGAACGAACAGCUACCUGCCAGAAGUGGCAGCCUACCAAUCCCGUGGCUCCUCGUACUGCCACCCUGCACGCUUGAAAGCGCUCGUGGCCGCCAACCACCAUUGCCGCCCACCCACCUGUGACGUGCAAAAACUUUGAGGGGUGUUCGUCUCGCUCGGUCGGCCUGUGGCCAAAGUAUCUAUUUUCUCCCUCGGUCGUCGACUCUGGCGCAUUUUCGCGACUUUGUUACUGUUGGUAUAUUGACUCAGAAUACUAGAUUCGAGCUUUGCUCAUGUACAUGAUCUCUUAAAACUCCCGACCAUCUUCCUUAAUUGCCACCUUCCUGGGAUCUUGUGUACAGUCUUUACCAUUUGUGCCUGGAGCAUCGGAUUCCUCUUUUCAGAUCCGCCUGGAGCGCGACAGUACCUGCGGGAUUUCCUCACCUUGAGCGGCUCGGCGCAUUUGACGCCAUCUUCAGGGAUUGGACACACAUGGUACAUUGAAUCCAACCUUCAAAAGACCUGCUGCCGAGGGCAAUUUCAGAGAACCACAAUAUAUUACCCGAACCCGAGCAUAUUCCCUGCGACGCAGCUGUUUCGCGCACGCUCCUUUCCCAACUGGCUUUCCCGUCCCACUCUCCAUUACUCGAGGAUUCGCCUGGUAGAGACGGUAUUAAGGAAGUCGUUCUCAGACAAAGUGACCAGAGCUGAAGGCAAUAGACUCUGAAGACAGAUGGCGGCGAUAGUGGAGGAAGAUACCAAGUCUCCCGUCGACACCAUGGACGUGGCGUCGCCCGAGGCGGCUUCUGCUGAGGGAACUUCAAGUGAGAUUGCGGAAGCUGCUGUGUCAGAAAAGGCAAAUAAGCCGCCAGCCAACAAGGCUCUGUCGACCAAGGUUUCCACUGCGUCCAAAAACAUCAUGCCAAAUCCCGCCUUUCCUCCCCCAAAGACAGACAAGCCCCGUCCUCAUGUGUGCUUAACCUGUAUGCGAUCCUUUGCUCGUCUGGAGCAUCUGAAAAGGCAUGAGCGAUCUCACACCAAGGAGAAACCAUUUGCGUGUCCCGAAUGUACUCGCUGCUUCGCCAGGCGUGACCUGUUACUCCGACAUCAGCAGAAACUCCACUCUUCCACCACACCAUCAGCACGGCCCCGGUCUGGACGAAGGGAAAGUGUUGCGGGAGUUGCCACUGGCCGUGUACGCAAGAAUUCCACCGCGAGCAGCACGACGCCAAUGCGACCGAGAGCGAACACUGUCAGCCAUGUGGAUUCUGCCACUCGGAGGCUGAGCAUACUGUCUGAUUCCGUUGGCAACUUCGGGCGCCAACCCUUGCCCAGCCAUAACCACCAUAACAGCAUGUCGGCCAUAUCGAGUCUUCAUACCUAUCAAUACCGCGGCGUCAACAGCCAUCAGCAUGCCUCGAAUCUGCCAAAGUUGGAGACCCUCGGACUGUCGUCUGACAUCUCAGGCGGCCUCCGCACGGCGCCUCCCUUUGGAGGGUUCGGUGCCGAAUUUGGAAAUGGUUUCGACUGCGACCAGGGAAAUACCAUCAACCCUCACGCACUGCAUAUGACCAACUUGCAAGGGCUGGGCGUUGAUUCGUCGGUUUCGCCUUUCCAACAGAUGUUUCCUGGUAUGACUGCUUCCCAAGCCAUGGCUGACGACGAUGCGAAUUUCGACUGGAUGACUUUGGGCUUCGAGAACCAGAUGUCCUUCGCUCAGGCCAAUGAGAACGCCAUCGAUGACUCUUCACCCUCGGCUAUGAGCACCAAUAGUCCGGCUCCUGUGAAUGACAUAAACGGUGACCCAAAUAUUGCAGCAAUGCAACAGGCUCCGGUUUCUGCGGGUAACAUGUGGUCCACCACUCUUGCAGCCCACGUACCUUUAUUGAACAGUCCUAUGAGUAUCGAAAUGCUGUCCAACUUUAAUGAUGUCGUCAACGCUUCAAUGAGUACCGUGUCGCCAAAAUCCUUACUUGGUCACGCAACGGCUAUGGAUAUCAGCCUUCCAACUCCGCCGGACUUUGCCUCGAUGGACGCUUCCGCCAUGCAGUCGACCCCCCAAUUUACUGGUUACCAGCUCUCCUUCGCUGGAGAUGGUCCUGCCUCUACUACUUCCACCAACUCACUGGACAGUAGCCUUCGACAGAGCUCGAUCACAACCAUGUCCUCCGAUCUGGUCAAUGAUAAUAUUCGGAAUGUUUUGAUCGCCGGCCUCUCUCAGAAUUCAGGCUUUGGACAACGCAAGUACUCUCAACCAGCAAUCAGUUCGCCGCUGUCUCCAGGCUCCAAUACACGAACGAAAGGGUUCAACGCUAGCACUUUUCCGAGCACACACGAGUUGCAGCGAUAUGUUUCUGCCUAUAUCAAAUACUUUCAUCCCCACCUCCCUUUUCUACACGUCCCGACACUCAACUUUGAAUCGUCAGACUAUACUACUCCAAUCAGGCUGGUGUCUGGCCAUUCUCAAUUUGGCCAGGCCUCUGUAGCUGGAGGAGGCAGUUGCUUGAUCCUAGCGAUCGCGGCCAUUGGGGCCCUAUAUGAACACGAGGUGUCUCAGUCGAGAGAGCUCUUCGAGUGCGCCAAGCGUUUGAUCAGCAGUUACCUCGAAGAAAGGCGCAAGGCCAACCUGACCAAAACCCAAUUUGGCCCUCGACACUCUGCUGAGCGAGAAGAUACGCCGCUUUGGCUGGUCCAGGCUAUGUUAUUGAACGUGAUUUAUGGCCACAAUUGUGGCGACAAAACAGCAGCUGAGCUUGCGAGCAACCAUUGUGCUGCCCUGGUAAGCCUUGCUCGCGGUGCCGAGCUCGCGAAGCCUUCUCAGGGCUACAGCGGAACAAGCGUCGUCGAUGGGAACAUCAACGUCCCGAUGGGUGGAAUGCCCAACAAUGGCUGGAGCUCGAUGAUCAGCGAAAUGGACGAUUCUGACUGGUUGGAAUGGAAGGUCAUGGAAGAACGCAAGCGAACUUUGUACGCGGUCUUUAUCCUUUCGAGCAUGCUUGUGACAGCUUACAAUCAUCCUCCCGCGCUCACCAAUUCUGAAAUCCGCUUGAACCUGCCCUGCGCCGAAGAACUUUGGGCUGCCGAGUCUGCGCAAACAUGGCGUAACUUGGGAGGACCCGGUGCCGAAACGGGCGCUCUUACCUUUGCCGCUUCAUUGACACAUUUACUCAUGUCCGCGCACAGACAACGCCGGCGGAACAGUAACGGCAACGCAGUCGGGCUUGCGCCCGAGCUAGAACUCACCCCAAGCACAUUCGGUUGCUUAAUCCUGAUCAACGCUUUACAUAACUACAUCUGGGAAACACGACAACGGCACCUGGGCCGGCAAUGGACCGCAAGCGAGACGGAGCAGAUGCAUGCACAUAUCGAACCAGCACUCACCGCCUGGGAGGCGGCAUGGGCGAGCAACCCCAAGCAUAGCAUCGAACGACCCAAUCCAUUUGGCGAUGGUCCCUUGUCCGCGGAUUGCGUCCCUUUGCUUGACCUCGCUUACAUCCGACUGUUUGUCAAUUUCGGCAGAUCCAAGGAGGCUUUCUGGCAGCGAGACUACGAUGCCAUGGCGGAAGAGCUAGCCAAGGGCUCGGAAGCAGUUCCAGGGCAGGAAACGGGCAAAUCAGACCAACCCAGUAACUCUCCAACUCAAAAGCCAGAGACAAAGAAUCAAGAGCAAAUGCCAACUCCUGUGGAAGAUGGCAUGAAAGUGGAACCAGGAGAACACGAGCAAGAAGGCCGGAAAUCCCACUCAUCUCGGCGCGAACGACAUCUUCGGAAGGCAGCAUUCUACGCCGCCGAUUCCUUGGCCAUGUCAGACAAACUCGGUCUGAGUUUUGCUGAACAUACCUCUCGAGAGCUACCAACGCAGUCUGCAAUGUGUGCAUUUGACUGUGCACAAGUCCUAGCAGAGUGGAUCGCAACUGUCCAAGAACGGGUUGGCAAAUACCUAGGCGUCAUCGGGCGCGAUGAAAUGAACCUGGUAGAAGUACCAGGCAUACUGCUCCUCGAGGAUGAGGACCGGACGCUGAUUCAGAAGAUCGACGAGAUCCUGACGAGUGCAGAACACAAGGUCGAAACUCAGGGGGGAUUUGAUCUCUCUGCGGCACGAGAAGGAGGCCACGGCAGCAGAAUCCUUGCACUGACGGCGUACAUCCUAGGAAGGGAUUCCGUAUGGCCUGUCUUCAAGCUCAUGGCGCGGUCGCUGGAGACCCAGGCAGGGCAUAUCAAAGAGCGAGCAUUGGCUUCAGUUUCGAACUCGUGACGACGUCCAGCGAAGCGCAGACUCCGAUCUCGAGGUCAGUCGUCUUGACGAAUAUGAUUAUUCUUCUUUCUGCAACUGCGACAGAUGCAGGCUUGAUUGGAACACUAGUUUUAAUUUUGACCCCGACUCUUGACGAAGCCAGUCGAUAUGAUUUAUCAGGACAUAUGAUCAGUAUAUACCCCACAGAGACACAACAUGUGACGCGAAAAGUUUGCAGAAACGAGCCAUUUCCGGCUCAGGGACAUUUCAAAAGUGCGGGACUUCAUGUAUGAGGAGUACAUAUGGGACUUUGUCACAGGGGCGGCGGACUUCCAAAUUUUUCUUGAUGGGCGGCAUGAUUCUUAGCGAGCGACGCUAUCGAAGAAUGUAAUUGUACUGUCGGGAGGAAGAGGUUGAUGGACAAAAGCAAUGAGUCGAAGGCGACCGACAUGAGGCUCAUCUGCACGACGGUCGAUGAAUUGGAUGGUUUAUCAAUCGAUUGGCUUUCUCUGCUGAAGGUGGAUAGGAUUUCGUGGAUGACUGAGAGCCUAGCAGCCUGAAUCUUGCACUGGGACGAAAGCAAUAAUAUGCAGGAUCAAGCCAGAGAAACUGCGCAUAUGUGGCCAGAGCUGGUUGCUUCUUCCUCUCCGUCCUGCUCGUAUCUGCAGGAUCAAGUCAUGCGUCGCAGUGGCAGCAGUGUGUUUUUUUCUUCUUCUGGUGGAAUUGAUGCACAACAUUGGCGGA